AGUCUCUCCACAAGCACUGUGGGAAGUCAGUCCGCAAUUGUGAAAUCAAAUGACCAACCGGUUGGCCCUGUCUCUUCUACCACUACAACUAGCAAUGCAGAAAGCUCUUUGUCCACUCCAAUGAUAAGUGAAGAACUUAAGAUCUAUUCUCACUUAAAGAAGUUUACUUUCAUUGAUCUCAAGUUGGCUACUAGAAAUUUCAGACCCGAAAGUCUUCUCGGAGAAGGUGGCUUUGGUUGUGUCUUCAAAGGGUGGGUCGAGGAGAACGGAACUGCUCCUGUUAAGCCUGGUACUGGGCUCACUGUAGCCGUCAAAACCUUAAAUCCUGAUGGACUUCAGGGUCAUAAAGAGUGGCUUGCUGAGAUUAAUUAUCUCGGGUCGUUGCCUCUUCCGUGGUCAAUUCGGAUGAAGAUUGCGUUAGGUGCUGCAAAGGGGCUCAGUUUCCUUCACGAAGAAGCUUUAAAGCCGGUCAUUUAUCGAGAUUUCAAAACCUCCAAUAUUUUACUGGAUGCAGAGUACAAUGCUAAAUUAUCAGAUUUUGGGCUUGCCAAAGAUGCUCCUGAUGAAGGCAAAACUCAUGUGUCUACUCGCGUCAUGGGCACUUAUGGUUACGCUGCUCCCGAGUAUGUCAUGACCGGUCACUUGACAUCAAAAAGCGAUGUUUACAGUUUCGGUGUGGUUCUUCUUGAAAUGCUGACUGGUAGAAGAUCUAUGGACAAAAACCGACCAAACGGUGAACACAACCUUGUCGAAUGGGCGAGACCGCAUCUCCUGGACAAAAGAAGAUUCUACAGGUUACUUGAUCCGAGGCUGGAGGGUCAUUUCUCCGUUAAAGGAGCACAAAAAGUGACUCAGCUUGCAGCACAAUGCCUUAGCCGUGACUCCAAAAUAAGACCCAAAAUGAGUGAAGUGGUGGAAGUCCUUAAGCCUCUCCCACACCUCAAGGACAUGGCUAGCGCUUCUUAUUACUUCCAGACUAUGCAAGCUGAACGUUUGAAAGCUGGGUCUGUGUCUGGGUCAUCGGGUCGUGGAUUCGGAUCAAGAAACGGGCAACCACCAGUGUUUCGGACAUUGUCUAGUCCUCAUGGUCAAGCUGGUUCGUCACCUUAUCGUCAUCAGAUUCCGUCUCCUAAGCCUAAAGGUGCAACUACUUAGAUUGGCUGAUGGCUCUUUGUUGUGGACGCAAGCAAACGUCUUUUUUAACCGAUGUAAAACCGAUAUUCUUAACCGAUUUUAAGAAGCAAAAUUAAGGUUGUUCCGAAGAAGAUCCAAAGUUGUGUAUUUUACCUUUAUGGCCUCAUGUCUCUUCCUAUGUUGUACUCUUGAACAAUUGUCUUAGUUGUUAUUUGUUAGGGUAAUAUUGUCAUUGUGUAUUAGUCGUUUUGAAUCGCUUCAUCAGCACGCAACCACUUCUUCA